CGGUCGCUCGCCGACGUCUGUUCCAUUUCAGCGACGGGAGCAGCCCAAAGCGGUUUAGGGUGCUGUUUGUUAUUUUUCACCGAUGGAAAUAAUCAAGAUAUAAACCAACAGCAAGAACAACAAACGAAAUCUUCAACUGGUGUUGAUUCUACGCAGGAGAAAAACAGAGAUCGUUUUCCUGGCCUGGUUUACAGACGAGCCAAUCGUAGAUGUUCUUACUCCAUCUUUAAUUGAAUGGAAUGCAAAUACUCGGCUGUGGUGCCCCAGUGCUCGCCGCGAAUCUAGAUAAUGGGCUGUGUACAAUGUAAGGACAAAGAAGCAACCAAACUGACAGAUGAGAGAGAGACGAGUGUUUCCCAGCACGCUGGGUACCGCUAUGGGGCCAACCCCACACCCCAACACUACCCCAGCUUUGGGGUCACCGCCAUCCCUAACUACAACAACUUCCACGCGCCGGUCAGUCAGGGGACUGUGACGGUGUUCGGAGGAGUGAAUAGCUCAUCACACUCGGGAACUCUGCGCUCACGUGGUGGAACAGGGGUUACACUCUUUGUAGCACUUUAUGAUUACGAGGCAAGGACGGAGGAUGAUCUCAGUUUUAGGAAAGGAGAGAAAUUCCAAAUUCUCAACAGCACGGAAGGAGACUGGUGGGAGGCUCGCUCCCUCACUACAGGUGGAACUGGAUACAUACCCAGCAAUUACGUGGCUCCAGUAGAUUCGAUCCAGGCCGAAGACUGGUACUUCGGGAAGCUCGGCCGGAAGGAUGCAGAGAGGCAGCUGCUGUCUAAUGGAAAUCCUCGGGGCACCUUUCUCAUCAGGGAAAGUGAAACCACUAAAGGAGCGUAUUCCUUAUCCAUACAGGACUGGGAUGACGUUAAAGGUGAUCACGUGAAACACUACAAGAUCCGUAAACUUGACAACGGAGGCUACUACAUCACCACCCGUGCUCAGUUCGAGACUCUGCAACAGCUUGUUCACCAUUAUUCUGCAAGAGCUGCGGGGUUGUGCUGUCGACUGAUAGUCCCCUGCCACAAAGGCAUGCCUCGCCUUGCCGAUCUGUCCGUCAAAACCAAAGACGUGUGGGAAAUCCCAAGAGAGUCGCUUCAGCUCAUCAAGCGCUUGGGGAACGGCCAGUUCGGAGAGGUCUGGAUGGGUACUUGGAACGGCACCACCAAAGUGGCUGUGAAGACCUUGAAACCAGGCACCAUGUCCCCUGAGUCAUUCCUGGAGGAAGCUCAGAUAAUGAAGAAACUGAGACAUGACAAGCUAGUGCAGCUAUACGCUGUCGUCUCUGAAGAGCCUAUUUACAUCGUCACAGAGUAUAUGGGCAAAGGGAGCUUGCUGGACUUUUUGAAGGACGGUGAAGGACGGAGUCUUAAAUUGCCAAACCUCGUAGACAUGGCAGCUCAGGUGGCUGCAGGCAUGGCUUACAUCGAGAGAAUGAACUACAUCCACAGAGAUCUGAGAUCAGCCAACAUCCUCGUGGGCGACAGUUUAGUAUGCAAGAUCGCGGACUUUGGUCUGGCCAGGCUGAUAGAGGAUAAUGAAUACACAGCUAGACAAGGUGCCAAGUUCCCGAUUAAAUGGACGGCCCCCGAAGCCGCGCUUUACGGACGGUUCACCAUUAAAUCAGACGUGUGGUCAUUUGGAAUACUGCUGACAGAGCUGGUGACCAAAGGACGUGUGCCAUAUCCAGGGAUGAAUAACCGGGAGGUGUUAGAGCAGGUGGAGCGUGGAUACAGGAUGCCGUGCCCUCAGGACUGCCCGAUCUCUCUGCACGAGCUCAUGCUGCAGUGCUGGAAGCGAGAUCCCGAGGAGAGACCCACGUUCGAGUACCUGCAGGCGUUUUUGGAGGACUACUUCACUGCCACGGAGCCCCAAUACCAACCGGGAGACAACCUCUAAGCCGAAACAAACGAGCUCCAGAGCUAAAGCGAGUGGAUUUGUGCUUUAAUCUCGCAGAUUAGAACACAAGUCCAGUCACUUUGACUUAUUAAUGCUAUUAGACGUUGAAAAAAAUAAAAUAAAUCACCUGGACGACUGAAAAACCUCCGCAGAACUCGAGAGCCAGAGGAAAAAAAGCAUCGCUGCGAUACAACACGCACUGACCUGAACAAGAUACGACGCACGUGUGACGAUUUAAAAGCUUCCAGAAUUCGUUGCCAUUUCAAUCCAGUAUUCGACUCGUUACUCAUCUUCCAUUAAAAGGACGUGCCACAUUAAAUGUGUUCUCUAAAAGCCGAACCAUAUUUUUUGGGGACAUCAUGCGAGUGUUUGGAAAAAAAAAAGAAUGAAGGAUAACGGAUGGCCUGUUUGUAUGUAGUGUAAAUAUGAUUGUGUUUACUUAACCCCCCCCCCCGUUUUAGGCUUUAUUACUUUUUAUAAUGCUUUUUAUUUGAUUUGGUUCACAAUUUUGGUUCGUCUUUGCUCAAGGAAAAAAAAAAGCAUGAACAUCGAGGCUGAAACAAGACUCCGGCCUCUUUUAAAAGGAAAAGGAAAAAAAAACGUCUGGGACUUUCUUGAUUAUUUAUUCCAGUAAUGACCUACCCUUUUUUGUUGAUUUUUUUUUUUUUGAGAAAUCCUGUCGCACUAGCUAGCUUUCCUGACACUAAAACAUUGUGACUUUUUCACUGAAGGAAAAACGGUGUGUGUGUGUGUGUGUGUGUGUGUGUGCACUGGUGACUCUGCUUAAUUCAGCUUUAUUUUUUGCGUCCUGCUUUUAGCGAAAGCUCAGUGUCUCCAUUUUUUAUUUUGUUAUUUUUUUUCCCUUGCUAGUGCAUUUUCUAUUUAGUCACUUUGGAUUAACAAUAGAAGAAUUAUGCAUCGAUAUAGUAAUCAGGCUGUGUGGGCAUUAUGCUUGACUAUACCUGCAUCUCUCUCUAGCGAAGAUGAUCAAAUAAAAUAAACGGCUAACAUCAUCCUUGUUGUAAGAGGCUUAAAAGCAAAGCGUUUUAAAUGCAUUAUAAUGUGCUAUGAUUUUAACAUAACUAAAUGGGGGGGGGUAUUAACAUUAAUUUCACGGAGCUUGUCUAGCUUUCUUUCUGGCCCUGAGUUCUGUCCUUGAUAUCAAAACGUCACGUCUGGACCGCAUUUAACCUCAAUCAGUACGUUAAAACGUCACGGCCCUCGUCCUUCAGGCAGAAUUAGCAGGGCCGUUUUCACCUCGUCUCCAUUCCAGCUUUCACUUGAAUAUCUAGUGAAGGUUUUUCUAUAGAAUAGUGCGCACUAUAGUAAGCCGUAUGAAACACGGGCUCCCACUCCGACCUCAUGAUUUUCCCUUCUUUCUUUUUUUAAAUUAAAAAAGUCAUCCAUUUGAAUUAAUUCAUAGAUAUUGUGUUUUUAUUUAAUUUUUUUUUUGUCGUUUGUUUCAUUUAUGCACAAACAUUUGUAGAAUAAAGACUCAUACCCAA